AUGGACGCACCAGACAAAGACGCGCUCGCCGCCGAUGCGGGCCCGAACCUCCCGGCCGCCGCCGCCGCGGAUGCCAUCACCGCACCACGCGCCCCCGACGCACCGCGCCGCUGCUUCAUCUGCCUGACCGACGAGGAGCCCAGCGACCCGGCCGGCAGCUGGGUAGACCCGUGCCCGUGCACGCUCGAGGCGCACCAGGACUGCAUGCUGUCGUGGGUGACGGACUGCGAACGCUCCGGGCGGCCGCUGCUCUGCCCGGUCUGCAAGUCGGCGGUCGAGAUGGAGGGCGCGUGGGACCCCAUCGUCGCGCUGACGGACGUGGUGCACCGGCGCUUCCGGCGCGCGAGCCCGCUGAUGCUCUUCACGGCCGCGUCGAUGGGCGUCCAGUUCAGCAUGCAAAUGUACGGCGCCGUGGCGCUCUGGGCGUUUGCCGGCAAGGACGCCACGAUGCGCUUCGUCAUGGGGCCCGAGAUGAUGAUUGACGGCAGGCGCGCGGCGCCGCUGGCUUUUGCGCGCGGACGCAUCGCAAAUGCGCUGACGCUCAUGAACGUCGCCCCGGCCCUGCUGCUGGGAUACUUCUUCCCCGGCUGGAUGAGCGACAAGGUUUUCCUGCCUUCGGCGUCUUUUUACGGCAUCUACCACGUCCUGCACGACGACAAGUUCUUUGCCUGGCCGCCGUCACCGCAGCUCGCCAUGGCCGCCUUCCCGUACAUUCGCUCCGUCUACCUCAACCUCUACAACGAGCUCGUCCUCCCCUAUGAGCUCCGUAUGAACCGCCAGCUGCUGGGCUUGCCGCCCGUCCAGCCUCGUCAGGAGCCCGGCCAAAACGGGAACCAGAACGCGGCUGCCGAAGCGGCCCGCGCCCAGGGUGGCAUCCUCGGCAUCAUGCAGACGCUCAUUGAUGCGCUCCGCGCGGACGAGGGUGACGACGAGCCGCGAGUCGGCGAUUUCCAGAUCGAGCUCCGGGGCGAGGAGCCCGACGGUCAGGCAGAGGGCGAGGGUGACGGUGACCUCAUGCUGGAAGUCAUUGUCGAGGAGCUGGACAUGGCCGAGGCUGGCCAUGGUGUACGUGAUGGCGCCGCUGGCGCAGAUCACGCAGAUAUGCCAGAACUGGCGGAUGACAACGGUGAUGCCAACGCGGCUGGUGAUGCCGCGCCAGCCCCGGUUGUGCCGCUUGCUGCGCAACCUGCAGAUGGUGCGGGCGACCAACCCGCCGCCAACCACGAAGCGCCGGCCGCGCCUGUGCGACGUAUGGGCCUCGGAGAGUUGCUGUCAAACGUGUCCAGCGCCCUCGUGAGCGCCCUUAUCCUGCCUGGCGUCUGCUUCGCCGCCGGCGAGGCGCUGCGUCUCGUGCUGCCGAAGCAGUGGACCGCGGCGCCGGCGCGCAACCCUUGGAUGCGCCACGGCAGUGCCGGGGCCCGCCUGGGCCUCUUCCAGCAGCAAUGGGGACGCAGCCUGGUCGGAGGGUGCCUGUACAUUGUGCUGCGCGACAUGCUCCGCGUCUACACCAAGACGCGCAAGGUGGCGGCGCUGUCAAACCGUCGGGUCAAGAACGUGGACCGCCCAAGACGGCAGAGGAAGUAG